CUUUUCUCAGAAGGGAAGGAUCCACUGCUUUUUAAGCCACUAAUAGGAAUCUAUUUGAUGUACAUCGCAGAAUUAACAGCAGAGGAAACUGACCACUACUUGAAUAAUUAUAGUUUAUACAAUAUAUGCACUUCAUGGUGACAUUUGAAAAGCUUAGGAUACCCUACAAGAGGCAAAAAGAGUCCAAAUCAGAAUCAGACAAUGGAAAUCCUGCAUACACGAUUCAGUUCUUGGACACCAAUUGAAAACAAAUCGCUUAACAAUCAGCUUUAUCAGGAAAGAAUCAGGCUUAUAAGCCACUGGUUUGACUUGUGGACAGACAAACAACGCAAACAAUUUCUCUUCUUGAUAUUGAGCAAAUGCAGUAAAUCACAGCUGAAGUGUGCUGAAAAAUGGUUUGUAGAAAAUAUCCCACUGGCCAAUGUAGAUUUCACCACUCUGCUGCCACGUUUCAUUUCUUUGUAUAUAUUCUCGUUUCUCAGUCCAAAGGAUCUUGGUGCUGCAGCCCAAAUCAACUGGCACUGGAAAUUUUUAACUGAACAGGACUGUCUGUGGAUGCCAAAAUGCCUUAAGUUAGGAUGGUUUCUUCCAUAUAUUCCUGAAAAGAAUGAAUAUGGUGCCUGGAAGCGAUACUAUAUUGCCUGUGCAACCAACCUGGAUUAUUCAACUCCUAAGAAAACUGCAUACCUCCACAGCACCACCAGCGAUCUUAAAACAAAAAGAGAAGAGCAAGAAGAAAGAUGGCAAGCAAAAUGUCUACGGAAAUUUAUUCGAGAGAGACUGGCAGUACGCAAAAAAGAAUUAUUCAAAGCUCGUCCACCUUGGUUAAGUGGAACAGGGAACUCUGGAUUUUACAAGUCUGGAUUUCAACCACAUUUGUCCCAGUCUAUCCAUGACCAGGCUAGAUUACCAGCUGAAUUAUUAAUGAAGAUUUCUCAGCAGGGUAAAUCUGCAUCAGGCUUCAGACUAGAAGAUGAGAAGCAGUUCAUCUUGUCUUCUGCAAAAUCUUUACCAGAAAGAUUUUGUCAGACUAUUUCCCAAGGAUACUCCAAUGGGAUGCAUUCUUUCCAUCCACACCUGGUCUUGAUAUCCUCCCAUGUUCCUGCAUAUGAGAUGGUUGUGGACAGUGUUAAGCUUGGAGUGGUUCUGGUAGUAUAUGAGCAUAGUGGGACCACACUGGAAAGCCUCAUUCAUUCUGUAGAAAAGGCCUUGGAUGGCCAAAUAGCAAAGAGUAUUGGGAUAAUUAGUGAUGGAGAUUCCAGAGGGAUUAACUUGCUUCAAGGUUAUAAAAUCAACACUCAAAAUCUUCUUAAACCUGAGGUGAGAGAGUUUUGGAAGUACUUAAAAAGUUGCAUUGUCUCUCCAGAAGAAGGUGGAAGCAUAGACCUCUUUGUUCCUCUGGCGGCUUCAGAGGCAGGAAAAGAGAUCCUUUUUCAACUGACUCGUCUAACUGGGGCAUUAUUCAGGACUCCUACUGGAAUAGCAACUGGGUCUUAUCAGCACAUCCUCAGUGAAUGGCUGGGAAAUCAGAAAGCAAGCUCUCCUCCAUCCCUCUACCUCAAUGAAGUAAAAGUGCAGAUAUGGCUCAGAUUCACCGAGCUAUUGGAAGAGGCACUGAAUGUGGUCAGGAAAAAGCUGAGUCCAUACUUUUCUGAUUUGCAGAAGAACAUGGCUGGCAAAAUUCUUGGUCAAAUUAUGUUUAAUGCUGUGAGUUGGUCCAACAUUCAAGACAACCAAGGAAUAAUCCAGGCUUUGGCUAAUGGAUUAGUUGAACUCUCAAGAGGAAAUCACGAAAACCCCUUGGAAUUUCUAUCAUCUUUCCUGAUGAAGAAAUGUAAUAAGAAUGGAGAACCUGGAAACCAGGAUUUCUUGACUGAAAGCACUUCAGAAACAUGGCUUGAUGUGCUACCUAAGACAGAUAAACCCGAAGAUGUGAUAGAGAAGCGCCAAAGCUUUGCUAGAGAGCUUCUUCUAAGUGAGAGAAACUAUGUGCACAUUCUGGAAAUUGUGAAAGAUGUCUAUGUUAAGCCACUAGAAGCAGCACUGGCAUCCCAUCAGGCCAUCCUAAGUGAUAUAAGUAUUCAGCUCAUCUUCUCUGAUGUCUUGGACAUUUUACAAGUAAACAGGUGCUUUUUAGCUGAGUUAACACGAAGGCUUAAUGAAUGGAGCCCUGCCCAAAACUUAGGAGACAUAUUCAUUAAGUUGGGCCAGCAAUUUCAAACAUAUGCAAACUUUUUCAACAACUAUACAGUAAUUCUGAAAACUAUAGACAAGUGCCGAGAAACGAUUCCAGUAUUCCGUGCUUUCCUGAAGAGACAUGAUCGGACUGUUGUUACCACCAUGAGAAGCUUACAAGAACUUCUGCUGUGCCCUGCUAAGAGGGUCGAAGAAUACAUCACUCUCCUCUGUGCUCUUAGACUUUACACUCCUCAAGAACACACUGACCAUGAAGACUUGACUACUGCAAUUAAGCAAAUGAAUCAACACAAGGAUUAUAUAGAUCAGCUGAAACUGAAUGUGGGCAGAAACGAUCAGCUAUUGAGUACACAAAGGCUCAUCCAAGGAGGUCCUCAGUUACUGAAACCCAGUAGAUAUCUAAUUAUGGUGCAAGAUGUGGCCCAGCUAAAUUGUUCUCAGAGAAUGAAUAUGCCAUUCAGGUUGUAUGAACAUACCCACGAUCUUAGACUUUUUCUGUUCAAUGACAUCCUUGUUAUUUCACAACGCAGCAUCUCUUAUAAGCCCUUUGAACGAAUCCCCAAAGUUACUUAUCAGUUUUUGGCUACAAUAAUGCUUCAUCAGCUCCAGACUGAAGAUAUUCCAGAUUCUAAAUAUAUCAAGAAUGCUUUUCUUUUACAAGGGCCCAGGCAUCAAUGGAUUUGUUCUACAGAUAAAGACAAGUUUGCAUGGCUUUCUGCAUUACGAAGAGCAAUCUACUGCAGUAUCAAUGAGGAUGUAAACUGAAUACAGGUAGUCCUCAUUAAGUGACCACAAUUGGGAGUGACAA